AUGUCCGCGGUGAUGCGCCCCACCUCACGGCGCGGCUUUGAAAUCGCUAUCAUUUGCGCUUUGGCCCUAGAAGUCGAUGCUGUCGACGCUCUUUUCGACCACCACUGGGAAGAUGAUGGUCUACCUUUUGACAAAGGGCCAGGCGACCCCAACGCCUACUCCACCGGCAUCGUCGGCCGCCACAACGUCGUCCUUGCGCACAUGCCGGGCAUGGGGAAAGCCAAUGCUGCGAUAGUUGCGACCAACUGCCGCAAAAGCUUCCCAAAUGUAAGGCUUGCUCUCAUCGUAGGUAUAUGUGGCGUUGUCCCCGUCAGCCCCAGUGGUCAGGAGAUCAUCCUCGGCGACGUCGUGAUCAGCGACGGAGUCAUUCAGUACGAUUUCGGCCGACAGGAACCGGAUCGCUUUGUUCCAAAAGAUACCUUGUUAGAUUCCUUAAGCAGGCCCAAUCUCGAGAUCCGAGCAGCGCUGGCGAAGCUCAAAACACUCCGAAACCGGAAGCGGCUUGCCACUGAAAUGGCCACCUACCUCGGCGGCCUGCGCAGUGAUCCGGAACCCGGCGCUGAGUACCCAGGUGUGGCACACGAUAGGCUUUUCGAGGCGGCAUAUCGCCAUGAGCGUGGCAAGGAAUCGUGCGAGCAAGCCGGCUGCAACGGGAAGCUGGUCCCGCGAGAACGCCUCCAGGCCGGCGGAAGCGAGCCGCGACCCAACAUACAUUUCGGUCUCGUUGCUUCUGGCGACUGGAUUAUGAGGUCUGGAGAAGAUCGCGAUGCCAUCUCAGCGAAAAUCGGCGUUAUAGGUUUCGAGAUGGAGAGCGCUGGUGCGUGGGAUACCUUCCCCUGCCUGGUGAUCAAGGGCGCUUGUGACUACGCAGAUAGCCACAAGAGCAAUUCAUAG